GACAGUCGCUUAGCGGCGGAGAGUCAGAGCUAUAAAAUCGUCCUUGCUGCAGUUUCUGACAGAAGUGUCAUUCUUCUUUGGGGGUGUAGAGUUCAGCAGACUCAACUAGAGAGUUGUGGGUAGGUGUGCUCCAGGUGUUGGCGUCAUCUAGGUUUUCACAGCCACCUGAAGAACUACACCUGUUAACUGUUCAAAUUCCGACAUAAUGCAAAUAAGCUCGGACGCCUGUUUUCAUAAGCACUCGCUGCUAAACGUGAUGAACCGCUUUCUCGCGGCGGCUAACAACAUGGACGAGACCAUCAUGGUGCCCAGUUUACUGCGGGAUGUACCAAUGGAGGAGCAGGACGGAGACACCUCGAUGCAAAACACCUUCCCGAGCAAGCAGAGGGACAUGUAUGAGCACUACCUGUUGCUUAAGUCCAUUAAGAAUGAGAUGGAAUGGGGUUUGCUGAAACGUGACAUGGGUGGUGGUGCUAGCUUCUUGGAGAUGUCGGUGAAGCAGGAGGAACGGCAGGUACCAGGUGGACCAGCAGAUGAUGCUGACCUAGAAAGCCAGUUCCACUACCACCUCCGUGGACUCUUCGGGGUCUUGUCCAAACUUGCAGCCCGAGCAGAUCACCUCACGAACCGUUACAAGAGAGAAAUUGGUGGUGGGAGUCUACUACGAUAGGACUGACCUUGAAGCUUAAAAUGGACUACUAAACACUUUUUUUGCCAAGGGAUAACACUUGCUUUUAAACAUUUUCCCAGGUUUGAACUUUCUCUGAACUUUCACAUCUAGUGCUAGUCACAUCUUGCUUAAUCUUCUGCUUCUAUGCAAGACCACCAAGUUCCAGCUGCAUAAAGUCAAAAGUGCUGCUUUGAUUGGGUUAGAUGACCCCCCCCCCAAGUUAAAAGCUCCUAUCUGGUGUCCUGCAUUUCAGGAAGUGUAUGACAGGGUUCCCUUUAUGAUGUACCAUCUGGCUUUAGAAGUCUACUAUAGCUUUGGUUAUGAAGUCCAAGGAGUUCAAAGGAUGGGCUGUGUUGGAGAAAACUUGAAUGCUGGUUAUUCUGUUUUUGUUUCUUCGCAGUAAUUGAAAUUAUGUACAAUGUGAUGCUGUAAUAUCCCCUGGUUGGUGUGUUUUUUUUUUUUUUUUUUUUUUUUUUUAAAUAAAGGUUCAUUUUUAGCGUACUGCUCUUAGGUACUCCAACUAGGAAAAGGUGUCCCUUGGGUUCCAUAGAGGAAGGCACAAAAAAUGAAUAUUUGCCACUUACCCCACCCAAAGAAAGUUUACUUUUUAUAUGUAUAGCAAAAAUAAAGCAGACUUUUUACAUUA